AUGCCAAGCGAAUGCAAGUGCACUUUAAAAGUUGGUUCUCCUUUUUCUCAUUGUCAAGAAUGCUCACACAAACAUGGUGAACAUUCUAAAACCUGCAGGACUUUCUGUAAGAAAUGUGGCAAGCAUAAACCCCACAAAGUGACACAGUACAGGAAGGGCAAGGAUUCUCUGUAUGCCCAGGGAAAGCGGCAUUAUGACAGGAAGCAGAGUGACUAUGGUGGGCAGGCUAAGCUGAUUUUCCGGAAAAAAGCUAAAACUACAAAGAAGAUUGUGCUGAGGCUUCAAUGUGUCAAGCCCAACUGCGGAUCUAAGAGAAUGCUGGCUAUUAAGAGACGCAAGCACUUUGAACUGGGAAGAAAUAAGAAGAGAAAAGGCCAAGUGAUCCAAUUCUAUGCGUCUUUUGUUUUAAUAUGAAGACGAUAAAAUCUUGAGGUUAUGUUAAAAAAAAAUGGUUCUCCUUUAAAAUCCAUAAAAAUGCAGAACCUUCUAUUUUUGCCAAGCAUAUGAAAUCUGCCCAGAGACUUUAUGACUAAGUCUUUAAAACUGUGCUUUACUAAAAAGGGAUAUACUCUUAAAAAUAAUCUUUAGCAAAGCUUUCAAUAUAUAUGCUAUAUCUACAUAUAACAGGAAUGCCAUAAUAUUAAUACUAAAGGCAAAUAUCAGAUGUCAGAGUUAGUAUUUCAUAUACUUAAGAGAAUUACAGUAGCCAGAUGUCCAACUGAUGAUAGAUCAGACCAGUAGAGUUUCAUACCAAUAUUAUUAGAAGGAGUUCUUUUGCCCUAGACCUGGCCUUCUCUCAGCUUUUCUACACUUCUGGUCUGUGAAAUUGCAAAAUCCUUUGAGGAAACCAGACAGUUACUAUGCUUUAAGCUAUGAUUCCUGAACUUAAAUCCCAUCCUCCUUCUGCUAUAGGGCAAUUAUAUUACACAGGAUUUAUUUUAAUCUUAACCAAUGGAACACCCUUUCAACAGGUAUGCACGCAGGCACUGGGGCCAGCAUCUCCUGUUUUAGGUUAUAUUAAUGCAAUCUAAAGUUUUAUUGUCAUAAAGAUUAUAAGGUUUUUCCCCACUUCUGCCUGCUUAUGCCUUUUUUCCCU